AUAAAGUUGUAGAAUUUGUUGUAGAUAAGGCUGUUACUAGAUCCUUCAAGAAGCCCACCUUUUCUUUGCUCUGCAGGAAGGAAACUAAUACAAGCAAACAAGAAGUAUCCUUCCUCCCUUUUUCUAUAUAUAGUCUUUAUACACGUAUAUAUGCACACACAACACAAAGUCACAAAUACUGAAGAACUGAGGAUGGGGAAAGCAAGUAGAAUUGGAGUAGGAAUGGACUAUUCAGCUACAAGCAAAGCAGCUCUCCGUUGGGCGACAGAAAAUCUGAUAGAUAAUGCUUCUGAUACCCUUAUUCUGAUUCAAGUUCAGCCACCCAAUGCCGAUCAUACCAGGAAGCACCUUUUUGGAGACACCGGAUCUCCUUUAGUUCCCCUUGAGGAAUUUAGGGAGAUCAACUAUUCAAAGCAAUAUGGGUUGAGUCGUGAUCCUGAAGUUCUUGAUAUUCUUGAUACCGUGUCAAAGACUAAAGGGCAGGCUAAGGUGGUGGCAAAGGUUUACUGGGGAGAUCCAAGAGAGAAGCUAUGUGAUGCUGUGGAUCAUCUUAAGCUUGACUCACUUGUCAUUGGAAGCAGAGGUCUUGGCUCUAUCAAAAGGAUAUUACUUGGGAGUGUUAGCAACCAUGUGGUGGCAAAUGCUUCAUGUCCAGUUACUGUGGUUAAGGGCUCACAGCUAUCAUCCAAAUCAUAAUAUAUAUAUAUAUAUAUAUAUAUAUAUAUGCAACUUUCUAGAGAAGAGAGAAAAUACAAAAGCAGCCUACAAUGUAUGCAAAUGGCAAUUGGCUCUUAAAAUCAUAUCUCACUCCCUUUAGUGGGGUUGGCUUGUACAUGGAUUGCUUAAUGAGUUAUUCUAUGCUUAGUAUCUAGUAUUCAGUUUCAUGUGAUAUUUGUAUUAAUUUGAUGUGAUUAAUGAAAUUAUAAUAUAUUAUAUUAAAAAAAA